GUUUGGUUCAAGGGUAAAGACAUUGCCCUAAUUCUCGGAUACAGUGACACAGAUCAGGCUUUAAGAAAGCAUACCGAUAAUGAAGACCGAAAAAGCUAUCCCGUCAAAACGACGGGCCAGGUCAGAUGGUAUACUUUUAUAAAUGAAUCCGGAUUUUAUUCCCUUGUUUUGUCCUCAAAGUUAGAAACAGCCAACAUUGGGUAACAUCACAAGUACUCCCAUCUAUCAGAAAAUUUGGAAACAACAAACUUUUCGACAACCCAAAUAACAAAAUGUCUAAGAUUGAAAAUGAGACAGAUCUACACUGCAAAGUUGUACACCUAAUCAGAACCUUUUAUCCAAAAGCCCUUAUUGUAGCAGGACUUGGGGAAAACCAAGACACUCCAUCCAAAAGAAUUGGUAGUUGGAAAAAAGGUUAUAAAUUGAACUACCACAAAGAUUGA